AAAACAGUUCAUUCCGCCUAGUCCAAUAAGAUCGAUUCAUACGCGCUGGUUGUAGUACAUUCGAUACGUUUAAUCGACUAGGUACUGUAAGUCAGUUUGCAGUAUAUUCACGACCGUUCAAAGUGUUCAAAGCUACGUCACAUCGAAUAGAAACGUCGCCGCUUGCAUUUUUCGAUUAUCUUCGGAUAUUCGUGAUAAAAGUGAAAGUGAUAUUCUCGGUUCCGACGUCUACUGAAUGAAACACCUCAAGUCGGCGGUGUCGACACGUUAAAACGUGUACGUGCGCAAGUUUUGGUGGGUUUUCGUUCGGACUUUUCUUCCGAUGCAAUUUUUGAGUUCGAGUUUCGUGCCAGAUGGAUAUUUUACGUCUGUAUUGUCGCGAUUCAAGGAGCUGUAUGUUUUAAAGCCCUGCGACCACGUAGUCUUCGAUGUGGGUUUGGAUGAUUUAGGAGCUUACGAAGAGGCAAUAUGCAUUGAGGUGAAGGAAAUGCAGAUAUCGGAAGCGGCUGGGGGCCAGCCCGCCCCUGGAGCCGAGCCAUGCCGUUUCCCCAAGUUGGAGGAGUGCGCUCAUUUCCACUACGAGAGGGUGCAACUGUCCACCCUUUCCGUAUCCUUGCGAACCAACAUGGACGAAUCUCUCCACUCGCAACACACUAACGACGAAACGGAUGCCGAGUGGUAUAUGAUACAAGUGACCUCAGGCGAAGAGUGCUGGCUACUCCAGAGGAAUUUCGAAAAUUUCAAGAUGCUUGACGCUCAGUUACAUCAAUGUAUAUACGACAGGAAAAUCUCGCAGCUCCACGACCUGACUUUACAGUCGUCCGACAAUCCCGAUCUCGAGGCAUUACUGAUAGGUUACCUCGAAAGGUUCAGCGAAAUAGCCGACAACUCCCUCAACUGCGGUCCCGUUUUGAACUGGUUGCAGAUGGACAACAAAGGACACAGGCUUUUGGUGCCCAGCGAGGAAAGUCGUUCUAUCAACACACCCGCUGUUGCGGCAGCUUAUAGCGUCAGGAGAUACGUCUCGCAGGCUAGGGAUGAACUAAAUCUAGAAGUAGGCGACAUGAUCUCCGUCAUCGACAUGGCUAGCCCUGGGGAAUCGAUGUGGUGGAGAGGCAAAAGAGGCUUUCAGGUGGGUUUCUUCCCACAACACUGUGUUCAUAUUAUAGGCGACAAAGUCCCCAGGAAUAUGCCGCUUCCGCCGCCAGUUGUAGGUUCUUUGGCGAUUUCUUCCAUCAAGCCAGUACUUCGUAAGCACGGAAAAUUAAUUACUUUUUUUCGGAGUUUCAUCUUGAACAGACCGUCGAGGAGAAGGCUGAAACAAAGUGGCAUCUUGAAGGAGAGAGUAUUUGCCUGUGACCUAGGAGAGCACCUCUUAAAUUCAGGACACGAGAUACCUAUGGUGCUGAAAUGUUGCGCAGAGUUCAUAGAAAAGAACGGUAUAGUGGACGGGAUUUACAGAUUGUCUGGCAUUACCUCCAAUAUACAAAAGUUAAGGAAUGCUUUCGACGAAGAUCGGAUACCAAACCUCUAUACUGAAGAGAUAUUGCAAGAUAUACACUCAGUGGCAUCUCUUCUGAAAAUGUAUUUCAGGGAACUACCGAAUCCCCUCUGCACAUACCAGCUCUACCAAAGCUUUGUCAACGCUGUCCAGCACACAGGAGUGAAGGGUACCGAGGGGGACCACGCAAGACUGCUAAAAAUGCGGGAGGCGGUUCAGAAGCUACCGCCACCACACUAUAGAACCCUAGAGUACCUGAUGAGGCACCUCGCUAGAGUGGCGAAACACGGACCAAGCACAGGCAUGACGACGCGUAACGUCGCUAUUGUAUGGGCGCCAAACCUUUUGAGGUGUGCAGAGUUAGAGGAUGGAGGUGUGACGGCGCUGCAAGGAGUUGGGGUGCAGGCCGUGGUGACUGAGUUUCUUAUAUGCUUCGCUGACCUGAUAUUCUGUGAUCAUUUGCCAAAUUUAGAUAAGCCUAUAUUAGACAUUAGUAAUACGUCGUCGCCGAGAAAAUGCAGGCCAAAGAGCCUUGCAAUUUCAACGCCUACUAAACUUAUCACAUUAGAAGAAGCUAGGAGUAAGCACCUUUUAAACAACAGGAACGAGGAAUGCCAAUACAUAGAGGUUGGCGGUGGACCUAAGAACCUCCCCAAAAAGUAUCAUACUGUUAUAGAUUUACCACCAGGAUCGAGAAAAAGGGGCCACACUAAGAGGUCGCCGAUGGGAUGGAGGUCCUUCUUCGGCAAGUCUAGAAGUAGCACACAAACAAACCUGAAGAUUGCACGAAAGUCUUCGACUCCAGGACUUAGUACUUCUGAAAAAGCCAUCACUACUGAGCCAGAGCUGAUAGAGGUGAGACGAAAGCUACGCAGCGUUAAAUCAGCUGAGAGCCUCACUUCCGGUCACUCAGAACCCGGCCCUAACGACUGCGAUGUUCUUGGUCCCCUCCACUCCCUCCACAAACCCCCUGGUCACAACCGAUCUAUCUCUCACGAUUCCUACUUCGAUACACUGCAGAACUCGCAGAACAACUCUGAAGGCUCGCUACUGGACCUCAGCGAAAUCCAGCUCAACUUCGACCUGGAGGAAACCGAGAUGAGGAUAUUUUCUGAGGACGAGAGCCUGGUCAGUUCGCCAAAAGUUCUGCGGGAGACGAAUCAACGAAGAGUGCUGACCCGAGCAAGGCCGGAGGAAUUCAACAGCGCUGCCAAUUCCGGCAACCCGUCGCCUAAAAAGCAAGCUAGGGUAGUCCUUUCCCCGGAUUCGACGUCCCGUAAACGCACCAGGUUAGAAGAUCAGCUUUCCGACAUCCAGUACAUCGACUGCAACACUCCCGAGAACGUAGUUAGUACCACCGCCAUAGUCCACUCGGAAAACGCAGUUACUCCAUGCAGCGACUCUUAUCAACCCAGGAAUAAAUCGCCUAGGAACUCAGACAUCUUGGAUAAGAGACAAUCCUUGAAUCUAGAUUCAGGAGUGACACAACCCACCAUAGUGAAGUCAUUUACUGAAAACGACAUCGGGAAAAAGGCAGCCGGCACGACGAGCGUGACACCCCAAUCGCCCAUGUACAGACCUCUGGGGGAGUCCAGCACGAAUACUACGAGCUCGCCAAACGAUCCGACAUACCAGAACUUGAACAAAUCGUCGACGCCGACCUACGAAAAUGUCCUGACCACGAUCAGUAUAACCUAUAAGUCGCCGCAAAGAAGCGCCGAAUCUUCGCCGUUAAAAACGCAGGCCAACUUCGAAUCCAUCUACGAGGACGUCACCAUAAUACCGGAGAAAGCGGUAGUUCCUACUUCUACUGCAUCACUGCCUAUCCAACAAGCCAGUCAACCUGAGUUGAGAGAAGGAGACAACUGUCUGUCCUUGUUAUUGAGCGAUAGAGAAGACCGACCAAAGAGCCUAAGCGCAUUAGAUAAAGUUUCAACGCGAAAGGAAGACAUGAAACCUAAUCUAAGCUCCAGCGUCGUUUACGAUACCAACGAACAACUAUCGCUUUUCUCCGUUGAAGAGCUCAAAACGUUCAGCUCUAACAGGUCUUCUGGCUCGAACAUCCAGUACACUCCCUCCUCGACGUCGGCUCCGUACCAAUUCAUCGAAAACACUAACAGUCCGACAGACCAAAGUCUGAGUGAGGUGCUGCACAGCUCUACAGAAAAUCUGAGUCAGUCUUCUUUCAGCUUCCCAGUUUCCUCCUCAAAGAGUAUUACACCGAACGUUAGUCCUGCUCCCUUGAAGUCCGACACUCAAUCUUUGGAGGAUUUGUUGACUCCUGUGAGUCCUUUGGAGACUCGGAAUACCAGCGAGAGUAGCCUGUUGCAAGAGAUACAGAGCGAAGUGUUGGAAAGUGCGAAAUUGAGGCUUGACGGCGGUGGCGAUUUGAUCGAUUUUAGUCCUUCGGUCGAGAGAGAUGCUAGUCUUAUUAAGGAUAUUCAUGAAUCUAGUCUUGGAGCGGAUGUAGUCGACACGGAUGGCGUUAUUGACAAUGAGGAUGUCUACCAACAAGUGAAGUUCUUCAGACGUUCUAUACACGAAGUCAAUUCUCUGCUGAAGCUGGAAUUUUCAGAUGGAGAAAUUGUUCAAGAAGAAUUAGAUGUGAUUGAGAACAAACCAAUAAUAGAAAAUAUAACAGAAGAAAACUUGGAUAGUUCUGAGGUGAAUAUGGAAGAAGAGGUCACGAGUUAUGACUCCUUAGAACCGCAUGUGUACGAAAACUUACAAGGUGAAAAUAUGAGAGAACCAGACGCGAUGAAUGUCUACGAGAACGUUGAAAUAAAGCGCGAACACAGUGAAUCCAAUGAUAAAAUUAGUGUGAAAGACAUGCUUAUGAAAUUCGGAGAGUGUAAGGAGACGGUGGAAGAAAUUAAAACGCCUAACGAGUACUCUGAAAUUAUCGAAAAUACCUCUACACCACAGGUGGAUUUGCGGAAUGAAGAGAUUCAAACUAACUUUGCACCACAGGUGGAGUUGCUGAAUGAAGAGAUUCAAACUAACUGUACACCACAGGUGGAGUUGCUUAAUGAAGAGAUUCAAACUAACUUUACACCACAGGUGGCGUUGCUGAAUGAAGAGAUUCAAACUAAUCAGCGCCACAAGAAGUUCUACGAGAAGGACUCUCUGCCACCGUGUCUGAGAGCUAGGAACCUGAAGAAUCAGAUGAAGACGAGGAGUUUGGAUGAGGAGGAAUUCAACAAGGAGUUCGGCUUUGACAUGGAUUCCAGGAGGAAAAGUUUGGACGAGUGUCUGAACUACAAGACUAACACUUUGCCAAAGACGCUGAAUCAACCGAAAGUACUGCCGCAUGACGAUGCAGAGAGAGAAACAGAGUGCUUCCAUUUGUCACAUGGAUUGAACGGAGACAGAAACGUUGAAGAGGAGGAAAUGAAAAAGAGGGAGAGAAUAGAGAAGUACAAAGAGGAGAGGAGGAAGAUUCUGCAAGAAAAAUACAGAACAGAGAGCUUUAAAGAAGAUAAGGAUGUCCUGCUAUCCAGAAUGAAGAUCUACAAGUCUCCCAACAAAGAAGAACCCCAGGAAAGUCCAGACUUUUUUUCAGACCUGAACCGAGUGCGCAGGAAAAGCACCAGAAGUGAUGAUUCUGUCGUUUUAGAAGACGAAUCACUUCCUUCCAAACCACUCGUCGAGGAAAAGAAGGUCACAGACGUAGCUGUGGAAAUAAGGCCCAACAGUCUCAAGGCCAGGGCAGCUAUGUUCGAGAGAAACAGCACGGGGUCGCCGAGCAAGUUACCAAAACCUUGCAAAAAGACCUCGGUCUUGCCGAAAGAGAACAAUGGAGACUUAGUAACUAAAGAUAACAGGUUGGGAGAUUUGGUUAAUAGAGAGUCGGAUAAGGCCUUCAGGGAGAACUUCAUAUUGAGGAGCAAGGCUGAAGAUAUAUUCAAAAGUGAAAGAAGGAGACACACAUACGAAUCUAGGGAGAAACAAAACGCGAACGAGUCGAAGUCGAGAAGGGGCAGUUUGGAUCGAAUAAGUCCGAGGAAAGAAAAAACCACCCCAAAUUCUUACUGCAUAAAGGAUAUGAAAGCUAUUUUCGAAUCAAAAUCCAAACAAUAAUGAAAAAUUCUUCGAGAAGUUAAAAAGUACUACGUUUUGUUAUUAGCGAAUUAGGAAUUUAAUAUUGACCAAAUACAGAAAUAUGGUGUUAUAACAGAGUCAUAUAAAAAUGUAUAAAGUAGUGUCCAAUCCCUAAAUAUGCUAUAAAAUAGAAGCUUCAACCUUGCAGGAAAACAAUGUUUUUAAUUCGAUUUGAUCCCAACAAGAUUUUUAAACUUUUUUAUAAGAUGAUUUUUUUAUUUUUCUUUUCUUUUCCUGUAUGUUGAAGUUCCUGAAAAUCUCUGGAAUUAGGAGUGCCACAUAAUGCUGUAGCACCCAAAAACGCUUUAUUUUUAUAGGGAUAUAAUUAGCGAGGUUUCAGAAUGGUUUUAACUUGAUUUUUUGAAAAUUUUUUAAAUGUGAUAUACCCAUUGUAUAGAAGGAAGAAUAGAAUGUAACUUUUCCAUCUUUCCAUUUUGCUACUACUACUUGCUGCUAUAAAGUGAAAUUCAACUUAUAAAAUUCUUCUGAAGAAACGGUAGCUUCAUUAUGAAAUUGUGCGGAAUUUUUCAGGAAAGAAAAUACUGGGUUACUUAUGGUGAAAAGUAUUUUGUUUUUUUUUUUCGGGAGUUUUUUUUCACUAAGGGAGAUAUCCUUCCAAUUCAAUAUAAAUCAAAUCUAAUUUUGGCAGAAUGAACCUAAAAACUCACCAAUAAGUAUCUCAGAAUUAGUGAAUUUCUUCUGACUGAAUUUUUUUCUUAUCCAUGACAUUUAUUACUCACUUGAGAGUAUUAUUUCGUAUUUUUUUACGAAAUUGUUAGUUUGUUGGUCAAAAAUAUUUUUUUGAAGUAGGACCACAAACAUAUUUUUAUUUCGAUUUUUCAAGCCCUAACAGUUCUGUUAUUUGAUUGUUUCAAAUUAAAUGGAAUUAUUCAAAUAGACAAUAACGAGUAUAUGUUUUCAUACUUAUUUAUUGCGUUUUUACCUUUUUUUAUGGUUUAAAUUCUAUUUAUUUAUUUUAUACUCAUUGUAAAUAUUGUAUUCAGCUUUGAGAAAUUCAGAGUUAUGUUAUGUUUAAUAAACUAUCUCAUAUUGA